AUUUUAAUGAGCAAUAAUACAUAAUUAUUACCAUCUGAAUGGGAAUAUCCAGAGUAAAAUCCAGAUUAUAAAGGAAAUGAUUUAGAUAAACGAUUGGAAUAGGGUCCAAUAGAGGAUAGAGGAUGCACUGAUUGUAUAUGGUGUAUUCUAUAUUUAAUAAUGUGGGGAUGUUUGAUAGCAAUAGGAGUAAUCGCAUUAUCAAAUGGUGAUCCUGAAAGUUUAUUUCAGCCAUACGAUAGUGUAUUUAUCUAUAUAAUAUAAAAGUAAGGUCAACAAUGUGGAGUUAGUGAGAAUUUUUAAAAUUGUCCAUAUUCAUAUUUAAUGAAUACAACAUAGAUAGUUGAUAAUUAACCAGGAGAUUUUGAAUAUUAUUGUGUGACUGUUUGUCCUUCAAAUGUGGAUUAAGCAAUAAAUUAUUGUUCAAUUAAUGGAUCAUAAGUAUUAACAGCAUCAUAUGGAACAUAUGCUUGUAAAUAUGGAUAUAGAAUAUUAUAUAGAUAUGUCUGUAUGUUCGCCAUAUAAAAAUGAUCCUUUUUGGAAUUUAACAAAGGAUUUCUUUACUUUAACAGCAAGUGAAGCAGACUUUUAAGAUAUUGGUAAAACAUGGGCAAUAUCUUUAUUUGUUUGUGUUAUAACAUUAAUAUUGGCGUAAGAAAUAAUAUAACAAUAUAAAAAAUAGAAAUUUUUUAAUGUUUUUGGUGAAGUAAUGUGCAUCAUGUUUAGUAUGGGGUGUACUAAUUUUAUAUUUUGGAUUAUUAAUUAUAUUUGGUUUUUUAUUUUAUUAUAGUGGUAAGGGUGACUUUUCAAAUGCACAUUUUGGGAAUAGUCAUGGAUGGUGUUUAGCAAUAGCAAUAAUAUUUUGGAGUAUAGCAGGGUAUAUAAUUAAUGUAAAAGAUAGAAUAUCAUUAUUAUUUUUGUUCUGUUUUUAUAAGAGAAUUUAUUUAGCAAUAGCAGUAAUAAAAGCAGCAGCAGAUUUUACUAGAGAUGUAUGGUAGGUAGUAAUAGUACCAUUAUGUAUAUUUGGGGUGAUGAUAGGAUUUUUAAUAUUUUGGAUAUAUAGUACAACAUAUUUAUUAUCAUAUGGAACAUCAAUUUAUUAAUAACUAAGUCCAUUUCCAACUAUAGAUUUAAAUUCUGGAGUGAUAGGAAUGAUAGUUGGUAAUUCAAUUGCAUUCUAUUGGAAUUGUUAAUUUGCAAUGGCAUUUAGUUAAUAUGUUGUAGCAAGUUGUUGUUGUAUGUGGUAUUUUCAUCACAUGGGAGUUAAUUUACAUCGUCCAGUAUUUAAAAGUAUAAAAAGAGGAUUAAUGCAUCAUAGUGGAUCUUUAGCGUUGGGAUCUUUGAUUCUAACAUUUGUUGCAAUUUUAAGAUUCAUUUUUGAUUUAUUACAUGUAAGAAACAAUAAAUAUUAUAUCUUAGAAAAUGUUUAAAUAAGGAGUCUAAUAAAAUAAAGCAGCUACAGGUUGUUUAAAAUGUUGGUUUGGGUAUUAUGGAUGUAUAAUACAUUGUUUUGAAAGAUUUAUUAGAUAUAUAACAUAAAAUGCAUAUAUAAUGGUUGCUAUGACAGGUAAAUCAUUUUGUAAAUCUGCUCAUGAUGCAUAUUAUUUGAUUUUUAGACAUAAAGCUGCUGUAGCAAUUACUGAUGGAAUUGGUGAAAUAUUUAGUACUUUGUCAAUACUAUCUAUUGGUGUAACAGCUACCUUUAUUGGAUUCAUAAUGAUUACUCAAAUUGAUCAUUAUUCUAUUAUGAUCUCAUCUCCUGUACUACCUACAGUAUUUUUUGCUUUCAUCUCUUUAACAUUAUCUAGUGUUUUUAUGAAUGUAUAUGGAAUGGGUAUUGACACUAUUUUGUUAUGUUAUAUGGCAGAUAAAGAGUUAUUCUCAACUGCAAAAUCAGUCCCUGUAUCAUUAUAAGAUUUUCUUCAUAAGUAUUAAAAAUGA